AUGGAAUUUAUAAACCAGUGCCACUGCUGCCUGCAGCGGCCUUCGGCGAAAGAUUUGAAGACACCGUACACUCACCUCGGCAUAACGGAAAUAUACUCUGUCAUGAUCGAAGAAUGUUUUGUUAUCAAAUUAACACCGUGUGACGAUGACAAGAGUGGUAUCUGCGAGGCGUGUCUAGGGCGGCUGCGGGAGGCGUGCCUCUUCAAAAUGCAGGUGCAGGAUUGCCAGGCUGAGCUGCAGGAGAGGUUAGAGGGAGGACUGAGGGUCAAAGACGAGGAGUGCUGGGACCAGCCACCUGAAGAUGGUGCGUGCAGCGAGCGUUCUUUACUGUAUUCAGCCGACGAGUACGGAGUGCACGAAGAGCUCGCGCUAGCGCGCUCCGUGAAGCUCGAGCGCCUCCGCCACUCCCCGCGCGCGAGCCAGCCGUGUUCCGUGACGUCACACCGCGAGCCGAGCCCCGCCAGCAGUGUGCAGGACGUGACGUCACACCGCGAGCCGAGCCCCGCCAGCAGUGUGCAGGACGUGACGUCACACCGCGAGCCGAGCCCCGCCAGCAGUGUGCAGGACGUGACGUCACACCGCGAGCCGAGCCCCGCCAGCAGUGUGCAGGACGUGACGUCACACCGCGAGCCGAGCGCCGCCAGCAGUGUGCAGGACGUGACGUCACACCGCGAGCCGAGCCCCGCCAGCAGUGUGCAGGACGUGCCCGCUCACACACCCGCCGAGGAACAAGCCCAAACACACGAUACUCGCCCUACACACACCCCACACAACUCUAGUUUAAUCACACAUCAACAACACCAUAUCGCACCACAAACGAACAAGCAGACCUACUGUUGCGCCAUGUGUAGUCAGCAAUUUACGUCAAAACUUACUUUAAUCCGACAUAUCAGAACACAUACACACCCGGAACAUACAUGCGGAGUUUGUAAUGAAGCAUUUCAAAAUAGUUUAUUACUAAAUAAGCAUUUAAGAUUGCACUCAGCAGAGAGACCGUACGUGUGUGGAGACUGCAAUAAGCGUUUUACAACAAAAACCUAUUUGUAUAUUCAUAGAAGAACCCACACUGGAGAGAAACCAUACAUAUGUAAAGAAUGUAACAAGCAAUUCGGACGAAAAGAGAUUUUAGUUAGACAUAAAAGAACUCACAGUGGAGUGAAACCUUAUAAAUGUAUAGAAUGCAACAAGAAAUAUGCAGAUAAGGAAACAUUAGAUAAACAUAUAAGAAAUAAUCACACUGGAAGUGAAACGACACAAUAUAAAUGUAAAAAGUGUAAUGAGCAAUUUACAUGUCGAGAGAAUUUAAAAAUGCACCGGAGAAUUCACGUUGGAGAGAGAUGUGUCUGUGACCAAUGUAACAAGCAAUUCACAAAGAAGAAAAAUUUAAUUAGACAUAUAAAAGUUCAUGCUCCAGAAAAACCAGAAAAACGAUACGUGUGUGAAGCAUGUACCAAGAAGUUUAUCCGUAAAGGUCAUUUAGAAAGACAUUAUAUAGUGACCCAUACUGGACGGAAAGCAUUUAGAUGUAAGGUGUGCAACAAGCAAUUUGCACUUAAACACCAAUUAGAUCAACAUGAAAGACUCCAUACUGAUGUCAAACCAUACAAAUGUAAAGAGUGUGACAGAGCAUUCAAACUAAAACAAUAUUUAGCUCACCAUGAACGAACCCAUAGUGACGUGAAACCAUACAAGUGUAAUGAAUGUGAUAAGGCAUAUACACAAAAACGUAGUUUAAAUGAUCAUGUUAAAAUUAAACACGGCAAUAUAAAAGACAACAUAAAGAUAACUUCCUUGCUUAUGAAAGACACGUCGAUGGCGACAAACCAGAUAUAAUUAAUUUAACCAGCAAUUGAGUCAAAAAGAUAUAAAAACACAUACCUAAGGAGUCCCAUCGGAGGAAAGCCACACCGCUGUGAAGGAUGUAAAAACCGAGAGAGUCGCUGGCUUUUAUUCGGAUUCAGGUGACAGAAUUUCAUUAAUUCGCUUCAACACAGAGACAUAAGUCACAUAACAUCAUGUAAAAUGUAUCGAAAUAAAUUUGGCCAAUGGAAAUAAGCAAUU